CGGCCUCUGGCAAACCGCUUUGUCGAUCAUGAUGUGGCAGGGCGGAAUUUCGGUACGAGCUGGACUGUCUAUUACUCCGCCGACGUGAAGACGGUGCAUCUCUAUUUAUUCUCUUCUCUAUAAUACCUAGUGUCACAGUAAUAUCAGCAUCCAUCAUGGCAUCCUGGCUCUCCAUCCCUGCAAAGUCACAUUUCUCGCUUGCCAACAUCCCCUUCGGCAUCAUUUCAGCCAAGGGAUCAAGCACAAAAGUACCUGCUACUGCGAUCGGCGAGUAUGCACUUGAUCUUUCUACUUUUGCGCGGGGGCAAGGCUUCUCUCAAUUAGCAGCUAUUCAACCGCAUCUCGAUGUGUUUAGCCAGACAACCCUGAACGACUUCGCUGCGCUCGGUCGACCCAUUCACCGGCAGGUCAGGGAGUACUUGCAAAGUGUCUUCAAGGCUGAUACCCCAUUCCCAUCCCUUCUUAAGGAUAAUGAAAGCUUGCGGAGCUCGGCCUUGAUCCCGCUCAGUGCUGUGACGAACCACCUUCCGUUGCAGAUUGGCGAUUAUACGGAUUUCUACGCUGGACUGAAUCAUGCGUACAAUGUCGGUGUGCUUUUCCGUGGCCCUGACAAUGCGCUACAGCCGAAUUACAAGCACCUACCGGUCGGAUAUCAUGGUCGAGCGUCCAGCGUGGUUCCGUCUGGAACGCCUAUUGUUCGUCCCUCUGGUCAGAUUCUAGCUAACCCGACGGCGACGCCCAAAGUUCCGUUGUUCUCGCCGUGUAAAAGACUCGAUAUUGAGCUCGAGUUAGCCGCUUUCGUGAGCACCGAGAACAAGCUAGGGCAGCCUGUGUCGGUGGAUGAGGCGGAGGACCAUAUUUUUGGUUUGGUGUUGAUGAAUGAUUGGUCUGCACGCGAUAUUCAGGCAUGGGAGUACGUGCCGCUGGGACCAUUUAAUGCCAAAAAUUUCGCGACGACGAUUAGUCCCUGGGUUGUCUUAGUUGACGCGCUAGAGCCAUUCAAAGCACAGGGUCUCGAGCCAGGAAACCGCGAUAGUCUGCUUCCAUACUUGAAGGAGAAGCGGCCAGACAAUAGCUACAACAUCAACCUAGAGUUUGACCUUAAACAUGCGGGCAGUGAAACAUCAACCCGCAUUUCAACAACCAAUGCCACAAACCUGCUCUUCUCAUUCCCGCAAAUGCUAGCCCAUCACACCAUCACUGGCUGCAACUUGCGCACAGGCGAUUUGUUGGGUAGUGGAACCAUCUCUGGCAAAGAGCCUGGAUCGCAGGGUAGUCUGUUGGAGCACACUAAUGGUGGCAAAGAGCCUAUUACACUGGCGGAUGGCACCACCAAGAGAACGUUCUUGGAGGAUGGAGACGAAGUGACUCUGAGGGCUGUGGCAGGUAGCGUUGACGGUGCAUAUGUUGGUUUUGGGGAGUGCGUGGGCCGGAUUGAGCGUGCUGUUGAGUUUGCUUUUAACAGUUGAUAUGUAGUAAAUAGAUAUCGAUGGGAUGAUGAUAGCACGAAUCUUGACAAAAUGCAACUGAUAUUUUUUCC